GUUCUUCAAUUUUCUGGAACAAUCGAGACUAGGUAGAAAUCUAAAAAGAGAACCCCCAGAAACGAACCUUAAUCCUUCUCAAUUCUGUAUAUAAAUACGAGAUGAUUUCGAUCGACAUAGCCAUCGAAUUUCUAAUUCUGCAACAUUAACAUUCUGAGAUCUCAUAAUCUCACUCACAAAUUCUCAUAAAACAGUUUUCAAAUUAACCCUCAAUCAAAAACCCAAAAAUCUCAAUCUCAAAUCUCAACAAUGUCGAUGAUUCCAAGUUUUUUCGGCAACCAAAGGACAAACGUUUUCGACCCAUUCUCACUGGACAUUUGGGAUCCAUUCCAAGGUUUCCCAUUCUCAGGAUCCAAUUCUUCCUCCUCUGCGCUUUCCUUUCCGGCUGGUUCUGAAAUUUCAAAAGAAACAUCCCAAUUGGCAAACACAAGAAUCGACUGGAAAGAAACCCCAGAGGCUCAUAUUUUCCGAGCAGAUCUUCCUGGAAUUAAGAAGGAAGAAGUGAAAGUCGAAGUUGAAGAAGGAAGGGUGCUUCAGAUAAGUGGUGAAAGAAGAAGAGAGAAAGAAGAGAAGAAUGAUAAAUGGCAUAGAGUUGAACGCAGCAGUGGUAAGUUUUUAAGGAAAUUCAGAUUGCCGGAUAAUGCAAAAGUUGAUGAAGUUAAGGCGUCUAUGGAGAACGGAGUGCUCACUGUGAGUGUUCCUAAAGUUGAAGAGAAGAAGCCCGAAGUCAAGUCCAUUCAGAUUUCUGGUUAAGUCCCCAGGGCUAUCACCAAUGGAUGUCUGUGGUCUACUUAAGUCUUGUGUGUUUUUAGUGUGAAAUGUGAAGAAUAAAGAAGAUGAGUGCCAAGUCUGUCUGUAAUGGUUUAAACUUUCUUGUUUCCUGAAAACUUAGAGCUUGCUUUCUGCUGAUUGUGCUUGUAAUUGAAUUAACACUUGUUAAAUUUGCGAAGGAUUCAUGUUUAUCCUCUUGCCACUAUGGCAUAAA